AUGGAAGACUUGCUCAGUGAUCCGCACCUAGGCCUUGAGCAAGUAGAGUUUGAGGAGGCGGAAUUGAUGCUCACCAGCACGGGGGAGCCAUGCUCCUUUGCUGAGGCGGAGCGGGAGGAAGCCUGGAGGGCGGCAAUGUGCGAUGAAAUCAACUCGGUUGAGCGCAACAAGACUUGGGAGUUGGUUAAACUCCCAACUGGGCACCAGGCCAUUGGGCUAAAGUGGGUGUUUAAGCUGAAGCACGACGAGGCGGGCAAAGUCUUCAAGCACAAGGCACGAUUGGUGGCAUGCGGUUUUGUUCAGCAGGCCGGCGUCGAUUUUGAUUUAGUAUACCCUCCUAUGGCUCGCAUGGAGUCGGUGUGA